AUGGUGGACGGCGUCGCGGGCGGCGGCGCGGUGGUGGCGACACCUCACGGCACCAUCAAUCUGCGCCUGCGCGACCGCGUGCGCGUCGAGAUGACCGUCGACCAGGCCAUCCGCAUCGUCAGCCUCAAGAACAACAUAUUCUUGGCACUGAGCAGCAGCGGGUCAUCUUCAGCACUGAUCCACCCAAAUGGCUGCGUCUACCAGUACGGCAGCCGCGUCGAGAUCCUCGCCAACGAUGCCAAUGGAAAUUACAAGCUGGCGAAGAUGUGGUACAAGGGCGUAAGCUUCACGUCGGAGAAGUGCGCGCUGGUGUACCUCGUGGACGCGGCCGGCACGCGCACCACCACUGACGUAUUCUCCGACAUGAGCAACGACUUCACCCUGUCCGUUUUCUACGACGACUCCUGCCACGGUCUGCCCUACAUUCAGGACUGCAUCGCUACGCUUCAGCGGGCGCAGCAUUGGGUCACCGAUGAAGGAAUCUUCCACUGGAUGAUCAACAGCGUGCACAUUUCACAGACACAGGAUGGACUCGUAAGGGUGGCGCGCCACUCCAACAAGUACCAGAUGCGGACGUCGCCUGCCAACGGGACGGCGUCGCUGACGACGCCUUUCGUGCACUGCACCGCCUCGCUGGGACAGUCUUCCCACCUGUUCGUGAAGCGCGGCGAGCGCCGCAUGCACUACGACGGCUCCAGCUUCAUCGUGCGCAACGCCGGGCAUUCGGCCGGCUUCGACGAGAAGAAUCAGCUCAAGGUCUACUGA